GCCGCACCCUCUCCCGCCCUGCCUGCACCCCACACACUUCCCGGAGACUCCGGAUCCCACGCCCACGUUCCUUACCUCCAAGGGGCAAGGAAGCUGCUGACUUCGGAUCCCAAGUGGAGCAAUCAGGUGUUGCUGGAAAACCCCGGGCUGCAGGCCCCAGACGCACGACCUGGCCCCUCCCCCAUGGACGCGUGCAGUGCUCUUUGUUCUCUACCUCUAGGGUUCCCAACCUCGGGGUUGUGCCUUUCAAAUACCUGGGAAACUUUUCUAGCUGAUGCCUAGGCCCCUCCCAACCCAGAAAUUCCCAUCUAAUAAUCUGGGGUGCAGCCUGCGCAUUGAAACGUUAAGCCUAAGAGAAAUCCCGGCGCAUGUAUCCAGUCUCCGCCAUCGAAUUUCCAGCUUCUUAAAUCUGAAGGUUCAGAAAAAGAAGAUAAGAAUGCCGCCCACGUGGCGCGCUGGGGCCACAGCCGGUCCCACCCCCGGCGCUGCCGCGGCUGUCCCGCCCUUGGACUCGGGCUAGGGCGGCGCCUGGAUAAACACCUGAAUCUCUCCUGAGCUCCGAGCCCAGGACGCGGGUGCCAGGGACGGACGACGCCGGCUUCUCCGCGGGCAGCCAGGGAGAGUGUCCUGGGUGCCAGCCAGAGCAUGUCUUUCAACCUGCAGUCAUCAAAGAAACUGUUCAUUUUCUUAGGAAAAUCACUGUUUAGUCUUCUGGAGGCUUUGAUUUUGGCCUUACUCCCAAAGCCACGGAAGAACGUUGCUGGUGAAAUAGUCCUCAUCACAGGUGCCGGCAGUGGAGUUGGAAGGCUCUUAGCCUUGCGAUUUGCCCGGCUGGGAUCUGUGCUUGUUCUCUGGGAUAUCAAUAAGAAUGGGAACGAGGAAACACGUAAGAUGGCUCAGGAAGCUGGGGCUACAAGAGUGCACGCCUAUACCUGCGAUUGCAGCCAAAAGGAAGAAGUGUAUAGAGUAGCCGAUCAGGUGAAAAAAGAAGUUGGUGAUGUUUCCAUCCUAAUCAACAAUGCCGGCAUCGUAACAGGCAAAAAGUUCCUUGACUGUCCAGAUGCGCUUAUGGAAAAGACAUUGGAUGUGAAUUUCAAAGCACAUUUAUGGACUUAUAAAGCCUUUCUACCUGCUAUGAUUGCAAAUGACCAUGGACAUUUGGUUUGCAUUUCAAGUUCAGCUGGAUUAGUUGGAGUAAGUGGGCUGGCAGAUUAUUGUGCAAGUAAAUUUGCAGCCUUUGGGUUUGCUGAAUCUAUGUUUGUAGAAACAUUUGUCCAAAAACAGAAGGGGAUCAAAACCACGAUUGUGUGCCCGUUUUUUAUAAACACUGGAAUGUUUGAAGGUUGUACUACAGGCUGUCCUACUCUGUUGCCAAUUCUGGAACCAGAAUAUGCAGUUGGAAAAAUCGUAGAAGCUAUUCUACAAGAAAAAAUGUACUUGUACAUGCCAAAGUUGGUAUACUUCAUGAUGUUUUUUAAAAGCUUUUUGCCCCUCAAGACAGGACUGCUUAUAGCUGACUAUUUGGGCAUCCUUCAUGCAAUGGACGGCUUCAUUGACCAAAAGAAGAAGCUCUAAAGACCAACUCUAUGGCUGAUGUCAUCUGACACACAAUGUUACAUUAUACGCACUUCAGUGAAGAAACAUAUUUUUGUCUGACGGUGGAAUGUAUCUGGAGACCACAGGUCCCAUUCCUAUUCUGUUACCUGGACUAGAAUUUUCAACCAAUGCGUUUGAAAACCAUGUUACUAUCACCUUUUUGGUUGAGUUUUGGUUUUUUUCUUUUUCUAUUUUUUUUUUUUUUUCCAAAAAUGAAGACAGCCCAUUUUUGUCAUUUCCAUUUAUACAGAUGUAAGAAAGUAAUAUGUCUUGUCCAUGAGCUGCCCUGAGCUUUGGUAGUUGGGAGGUGGUUCGAAUGGAGCCCGUGGCUGUGGUUGACCUGCCUUAGGGAGCAGGGCUGAGGCGCAAAGAAGACACCUGGGUAUCUAGCUGGAACAGCCUCCCUGCCUAGGACACACAGCUCUGAAUUCCCACCCCUUUGCUCUCCGCUCUGGCCUUUUUGAACCUGUAGCCACCUAAUGUAGAAAAGGCCUGCCCCCCAACCCCUUCUUUCCAAAACAGCUACACAAAUGCUUACUUCUGAAUGCACUGGAUACUCAGACCAAGUGCCAGUCUGGCUAAAGUCCCAUCAAGCACCAUUGUGGCCGAGAGCCUUAUUGGGCAUUGCCUGAACGCCCCUCACAGGCCGCGAUCCUAGACCAAGCUCUUAAAUAGAAUCACUUUUGUUUCCUAGAAGAGAUCCAAGAAUGGUUGCUUCUUACUUUGAAGAUGAAAUUCUAGUAUGUUAGGCUUUUUGCUCCCUGUUGAUCCAAAAAAUAUAUUCAUGCAAUUAAUUUUAAGUGUUUAACUUUGUACUUCAAGUUGGGAUUUAGGUGGAGGCAUUUUUCUGCAGAAUGGGCAAUUUUAUGCAUUUAUAUUCAUCAGUGCUGCCCUCACUUCGGAUCUAUUGUAUUCUUACAGUUUAAUCAACUGGCAAAGUGCUUUCAUGCUUUGGAGAUUAACUAUAAAAGCAAGAUUAAGAAAAAUAUGUUAAUUACCAUAUCCCUGGAACUCCUUCCCAGGCUGGCAGGGGCAGCCUUGCAAGAGAAACAGCAGCCUUUGUCUCUUCCCUCUUGUGGGGGGCAAGGAAGGGCUGAGCAGUACCUUGGGAGACCUGUUAAGAGUCUUUAACGAACUGAGAGUUUGACUAUCUUGGGGGUAAAUGCUGUCAUUGGGGCAGCAGUCCCAGGGAUUAUGAAGUCUAGAUUUGUCUUGAGUCACCUGCACGAACCUGACAGUCCUGUCCUAUAUUUUCUUUCCAUCCAGAAAGCCUUUUAAAGAAAACAAACUUGUUUUAUGAUAAUAGUGUAACAAUCAUAGCUAACAUUUCCUGUGCCUGGCAGCAUUGCACAAAUACCAAAUUAAGUAUUUGACAAAUAUUGUUUCAUUAAACAAGACUGUUGUUGAUCGUUACUCAAAGAAUGAUGAAGGUGUUUGGUGUAUGCCAAAGAAUAAAGGCGUUUUAUUUCACA